AUGGCCUCCCAAACUGAUGGCGCUGAUGCCAAAAGCCUAACUGCGUAUGGAGAGGCUCGCUCGACCUUGCAGGGGAAUCCUCUGAGCUCCGACGAGGUCCGCAAGAUGAACGAGUACUUUCGGGCUAGCAUGUAUCUCUGCCUCGGCAUGCUCUACCUUCGAGAAAAUCCACUUCUCAGGGAGCCUUUGAAGGUGGAACAUCUCAAGGCCCGUCUCUUGGGUCACUGGGGAUCAGAUGCCGGCCAGUCUUUUACCUGGACUCACAUGAAUCGACUCAUCAAAAAGUACGACCUGGACACUCUUUUCAUUUCGGGUCCUGGGCACGGUGCUCCCGGAAUCAUCUCCCAGUCUUACCUGGAGGGUGUCUACUCUGAAGUGUAUCCCGACAUGUGCGAAGAUGCAGAGGGAAUGCAGAAGUUCUUCAAGCAAUUCUCGUUCCCCGGGGGUAUCGGUAGCCAUGCGACUCCUGAGACUCCCGGCAGUAUCCACGAGGGUGGCGAGCUGGGUUAUUCCAUCUCGCACGCCUUUGGAACAGUUUUCGACCACCCAAAUCUCAUUACGUUGACCAUGGUUGGCGACGGAGAGUCUGAGACUGGCCCACUUGCAACCAGCUGGCACAGCACCAAGUUCCUCAAUCCUUGCGUGGAUGGUGCCGUCCUUCCUGUCCUUCAUUUGAAUGGCUACAAGAUCAAUAACCCGACCAUCCUUGCGCGAAUUAGUCACGAUGAAUUGACAAACCUGUUCCUCGGUUACGGCUGGCAGCCAUAUUACGUGGAAGGAAGCGACUUUGACAGCAUGCAUCAAGCCAUGGCAACUACUCUUGAGCAUUGUGUGCUGGAGAUCAAAGAGUAUCAGAAGCAAGCGCGUUCAUCCAAGAAGGCGUUCCGCCCACGCUGGCCGAUGAUCAUCCUUCGUACUCCGAAAGGAUGGACCGCCCCUCGAGAGAUCGAUGGGAAGUUCCUCGAAGGCUUCUGGCGGGCACACCAGAUUCCCAUUACCGAUGUCCGAACCAAUCCAGAGCACUUGAAGAUCCUCGAGAACUGGAUGAAGGCUUAUAAGCAGGAAAAACUCUUCGACAAGAAUGGAAAAUUGAUUCCGGAGCUCAGAGAACUUGCUCCAACCGGUAAUUCACGCAUGAGUGCCAACCCCGUUGGUAACGGCGGUAUCCUCCGCAAGCCACUCAUUAUGAGUGACUUCCGGGAUUACUGCCUCAAGGAUAUUGUGCCCGGGCAGACGGUCAAAGGAGGUAUGGCUAACAUGGCUACAUUCCUGCGCGAUAUCAUCGCCAGAAAUAUGACCAACUUCCGCCUCUUUGGUCCAGACGAGACCGAGUCCAAUAAGCUUGGAGAGGUUUAUAAAGCAGGCAAGAAGGUCUGGAUGGCAGAUUACUUUGACGAAGACAAGGACGGUGGAAAUCUUUCUCCCGAAGGACGCGUGAUGGAGAUCCUCAGCGAGCACACCUGCGAAGGAUGGCUCGAGGGCUACAUUCUCUCUGGUCGUCAUGGACUGCUCAACAGUUACGAGCCUUUCAUUCACAUCAUUGAUUCAAUGGUCAAUCAGCAUUGCAAAUGGAUCGAAAAGUGUCUGGAAGUGGAAUGGCGUGCCAAGGUCGCCUCCCUCAACAUCCUCAUUACCGCAACUGUGUGGAGACAAGAUCACAACGGUUUCACUCAUCAGGACCCCGGGUUCCUCGACGUGGUAGCCAACAAGAGCCCGCAGGUUGUUCGAAUCUACCUUCCUCCGGAUGGCAACACUCUUCUAUCGGUCAUGGACCACUGCCUCCGCAGUGUCAACUACGUGAACGUCGUCGUGGCCGACAAGCAAGAACACAUCCAGUUCCUCGGCAUGGAUGAGGCCAUCCGGCACUGCACCAAAGGCCUCGGAAUCUGGGACUGGGCCAGCAACGACCAAGGGCAGGAGCCUGACGUUGUCAUGGCAUCUUGCGGUGAUGUUUCCACUCACGAAGCCUUGGCAGCCACCGCGCUUCUGCGCGAAUAUCUCCCAGAUCUGAAAGUUCGCUUUGUCAACGUUGUGGACCUGUUCCGGUUGAUGCCUUCUACCUACCACCCGCACGGGAUGCCUGACAAGCAGUGGAAGUCCAUUUUCACCGAAAACAAGCCGAUCGUCUUCAACUUCCACUCGUACCCCUUCCUCAUCCAUCGGUUGACCUACAAGAGGCCUGGCCAACACCACUUGCAUGUGCGAGGUUACAGGGAGAAGGGCAACAUAGAUACGCCGUUUGAAUUGGCUGUGCGCAACGGAACCGAUCGAUACAGUCUCGCUAUUGAUGCGAUUGAUUUGCUUCCUUCCUUGGGUAACACGGUUUCGGGUGUGAGGGAGAAGUUGGUGAACGCUCGGCUUGCGGGUAAGGAGGAGGCCUACAACAACGGUCUUGAUCCCGAGUAUAUUAGGAACUGGAGAUGGCCUUAUCCUAAGAACUCUUGA